AUGUUGGACGGACUAAAAAUGGAAGGAAGUUUGCCGCAUUCGGCCCAGACUCCAGCUUCACUUCAUGGGCCCAGUGGAAAGGAGAGGGCAGUCUGCGAGGGCUGUGAUAGGGUGAUCCUAGACCGGUUUCUUCUGCGGGUGAAUGACAGCUUCUGGCAUGAGCAGUGUGUGCAAUGUGCUGGGUGCAGGGAGCCCCUUGCUACCACUUGCUACUACAGAGACAAGAAGCUUUACUGCAAGCAUGACUACGAAAAGCUUUUUGCAGCCAAGUGCAGUGGCUGCAUGGAGACCAUUGCCCCCACUGAGUUCGUCAUGCGUGCCCAGAAGAGUGUCUACCACCUGCACUGCUUCUGCUGCUGUGUGUGCGAACGCCAGCUGCGCAAGGGAGACGAGUUUGUGCUGAAGGAGGGCCAACUGCUCUGCAAGAGUGACUAUGAGAAGGAACGGGAGCUUCUGAGCCUGGUCAGUCCGGCUGCUUCGGACUCAGCUAAAAGUGAUGAUGAAGAUUGCACCGACAAACUGGGGCAGCUACAGUGCAAAGGAGGUGAAGACUUCAAAGACCCCAAAAGACCCAAGCGGCCACGGACUAUUCUUACCACACAGCAAAGGCGUGCCUUCAAGGCCUCGUUUGAAGUGUCCUCCAAGCCCUGCAGGAAGGUUAGGGAGACGCUGGCAGCAGAGACAGGCUUGAGUGUCCGAGUUGUACAGGUGUGGUUCCAAAAUCAGCGAGCAAAGAUGAAGAAGUUGGCCCGCCGACAGCAGCAACAGCAGCAAGACCAGCAGAACACGCAACGACUCAACACAGUCCCAGCGAACACCUCCUCUAACCCUGGGAUGGAGACGAUGAUGAAUCCCUACACAACCCUGCCUCCACAGCAGCUCCUGGCUAUUGAACAGAAUGGAUAUAACACUGAUCCUUUUCGACAAGGCCUCACUCCUCCACAGAUGCCAGGAGACCACAUGCACCCUUAUGGCAGUGAAACCCUGUUCCAUGACAUGGAUAGCGACACUUCACUCAACAGUUUAGGAGACUGUCUUCUAGCAACCACCGAGGCAAACUCCAUGCAGGCUAGGAUAGGAAACCCUAUAGACCGCCUGUACUCCAUGCAAAACUCCUAUUUUACCUCCUGA